UUUUAUUUUCUGUCGGAGAAGGAGGGGAAGCCGUGUGACGUCACAUCCGGGCAGCAGCUGUGUUGACAAAACGCUGCCUCACUGAUCCUGCUUCUGCUGCACGAGCUGUUCGCGAUAAAACUGGAUAUGGAGAGUUCAGCAUGGCAUCUCUCCCUGAAACUCAGUGACAAACCCAAGGAAGUGUUUCAGUUUCCAGACACUGAGCCUGGAGACGUCCAUCCAGGAGGAUACCAGGUCUCGACGCUCAAGCAGCUGAUCUCAGCGCAGCUAUCAGACUCGCUGCCCGACCCGGAGCUCAUCGACUUUGUGCACUGCGGCUGUGUGCUGAAGGAUGAUCUGACGUUAGACUCCUACGGGAUCAAGUCUGGAUCGACGCUUCAUAUCAUUAAGAAGAUGUGGCCAGAGCCAGAGAUCAAGCCUGAGCCGGUGAACAGAUCUGCUGCUGCCCGAGAGUUCAGGACGCUUCAGGCCGCACUGCUGUCCAGGGGAGCCUACAGAGACGCGGUGUUUAAGAUGCUGGCUAAUAAAGAGUCUCUGGAGCAGAUCAUCGUGGCCUCGCCGGGGCUCAGCUCAGACCCGGUCGCGUUAGGUGUGCUCCAGGAUAAAGAUCUGUUCGUUCAGUUUACAGACCCAAAGCUGCUGGACAGACUGAUCCAGUCUCACCCGGCGCUGGUCAACGCCAUCAUCCUGGUCCUGCACUCGGUGACCAGCAGCUCCUCACUGAACCCUGCGGCCCGCUCCUACAGCGAGAUGCCAGGAGGAUUUCUGUUUGAUGGCAUGUCGGAUGAUGAGGACGAUUUCCAAUAUCAGGGAAGCAGCGGCGGUGCGUCGAGACCCCAGCGAGCGACUGCAGGCUCCAGGCCGCUCACGUUCGGUCACAGCGGAGCCGCGGGGCCCCGACCCAUCACUCAGAGCGAGCUAGCGUCCGCACUAGCGUUAGCAAGCGCUCCGGAGAGCAGCGGCGUCCCUCCCACACUGAGCGCUCAGGAGACAUCAGGAGCUCGCCUCAGCAGCAGUCUGUUCAGUCACGCACUACAGCAGGCGCUACAGGCUACACCACAGGGCCGCUGGCAGACGCAGAUGCAGCAGCUGAGGGAUAUGGGCAUCCAGGAUGAGGAGGUGGCUCUGCGAGCACUGACGGCCACAAACGGAAAUCUGCAGGCCGCUCUCGAGCUCAUCUUCGCCGGAGGAGGAGGACUCUGAUGUGCCUUUGGACGGCUGUGAAGUGGCCAGCAUUGGCAAACACACAUCUACCUUUGCCUUAAACACCUGCUUUGUGUGUGUGUUUUUUUUUUUUUUACUUUUUGUCUAAAUAAAGUUUAAUUGCAGAAUGCA